AUGAAACAUCUGGUUGUUUUAGACUGAUUUUUUAACCAUUUUAUAAAAAUUAGAUCGGACUAAAGUUUUAUUUGUUUACUUACUAAUUGAUUUGAACGAGCAUAGAAUAUAUUGUGAACUUUGGUGCCUUUUCAUUUUAAAAACUUAAGGGAUCUAUCGAAAUCACAUUUUUUUUUUAAAUAUAUCAUUGUCUAAAUUCAUUUACAUAUUGGAAAUAUAUUUCUUAAAACGUGAUUUUUUUUUUUUUGGAAUAAGUAAUUGUGAACAUCAACAAACAAGUAUUCUUUGGCAGAUGAAAACCUCCUGAACUUUGCUUGACUGAACGAUUCAAUUUUUGCUAGUGUGUUCAAUAGUCACCUGAUCUGUGUUCUGGACCUAAUAUUUCUUUAUUCUAUAAUUUAACUCUGCACAAGCAUCAAAAUGUUGGAACCGAUAAGGCAUGCUCUUGACUUUCAGAGAAUUGUAUUAGCGAGUGUUUCUCCAAGGAGAAGUGAAAUAUUACAUACUGUAGGGCUUAAUUUUGAAAUCAUGCCAUCAUUAUUUGAAGAAGAUUUAGAUCCCCGUAAAUUUCAGUCACAUGGAGAUUAUGCUGUUGAAACGGCCUACAGGAAAGUGCUUGAUGUAUCAGAAAGAUUAUCUAAUGAUCCAAAUCCUCCAGACAUAAUAAUAGGUGCUGACACUGUUGUCUCUCUUGAUGGAAAAAUAUAUGGAAAACCUGAAGAUGCUAAAAUGGCAUACAAAUUUCUAGAACAGUUAAGUGGUCGACAACACACAGUACAUACAGGAGUUGUGAUUAAGACAAAAGAAGCAACAAUUAAGUUCUUUGAAUCUACUAAUGUGCAAAUGGCUUAUUUGGCAGAGGAUGUGAUUCGAGGUUACAUUAGAACUAAAGAACCUCUCGAUAAAGCAGGUGGUUAUGGAAUUCAAGGUUUUGGAGGAAGUCUAAUUGAAAAAAUAGAUGGUGACUUCUAUAACGUUAUAGGAUUGCCAUUGUACAGCUUUUGUAAACAUUUAAGAUGGCUAUAUGAUGAUAAGCUGAAGAGAAUAGAACUGUCCAAAACGAUUGGCCCAAUGGCAGCUUUUGAUGUCUUGUCCGAAGGUAAUAAAAAUCUGAAGAAGACCUCUCAACUGACAACUUCUCAACCGAAAACAAGUAUGAAAGUAUUAAACGUCAAAAGCCGAGAAAAACCAACCAAGACAGCUCCUUCAUGAUUAAAUAAAUUAUAAUAAAAAAAAUUCAGAUGAAA